AACAUAGUCUCUAAACCUUUACGGCCGCGCUUUCUCCCGCUCGGCAUUAUUUGUCUCCAACCGCGAUCCAUAACAUGUCUCUCCCGAGCCACCGUAGGUCCUAACAGCGCACACGCUGGACAUUCAAACUAUUCUCGUGUCACAGCUCAGAACUGUCUUAUUUAUUUAGUCUUAAAAGAGGAGUGAAGUGCCACAAUGUCUGUCCAGUCAUCAAAUCCCAACAACCCCAUCGUCUUCUUCGACAUAACGAUCGGAGGGCAGGAUAUUGGACGGAUGAAAAUCGAGCUGUUUGCUGAUACAGUUCCAAAAACCGCAGAGAAUUUCCGGCAGUUCUGCACUGGAGAGUUCAGGAAGGAUGGAGUCCCUAUCGGUUUCAAAGGUUGCACAUUCCACAGGGUGAUCAAAGACUUUAUGAUACAAGGAGGGGACUUUGUAAAUGGUGAUGGGACUGGUAUCUGCAGCAUCUACAGAGGUCCAUUUGCAGACGAAAACUUCAAAAUGAAGCAUUCUGCACCUGGUCUCCUGUCCAUGGCAAACAGUGGUCCAGGGACAAAUGGUUGUCAGUUUUUCAUUACCUGCACUAAAUGUGACUGGUUAGAUGGGAAGCAUGUUGUCUUUGGUAAAGUCGUCGAUGGUUUGCUGAUCAUGAGAAAAAUUGAGAAUGUGCCCACGGGACCAAACAACAAGCCCAAGCUUCCCAUCCUCAUUGCACAGUGUGGAGAGAUGUGAUCCAGCUUGCUCACAACACCAUGCGAGAACUACACAACUACACACCUCUGUAUACAUGAAGCAGUGUCUUGCAGUUACUCGAUAGCCCUCAGCAAACAUCAACCCACAUAUUUUUCCCUGUAUGGAUGCCUUUGCACUUUGAAGGACAUUAUAAAAGGUCAGCUGUGUACCAUUUUGGCCAUUUUUAUACACCUGAUUCCAAAUGCUGCAUCCAGACCCAAAUAAGAUGACAUCUCAGAUGGCUUUUGGUACUGACACGGUGAACACUUCAUGUUCAACACUGUUGAUGAUGUUGUCCACAUAGAGACAAUUUGUGUGUCUUGUCAUAAAAAGACAUAUAAGAAGAAAGAAUUGGUUGGCUUGUAAAACUUUCUCAUUUGUAAUUCAGUCACAUUGUGUAUCAUUUCUGAUCAAUAAAUUGUUUUACAUUUUUAUAAA